AUAUGCAUGUGUGUGUGCAUAUCAAAAUUACUUUCAUUAUAUUUAUACAUACAGUAGCUUUUGUUCUAUAAUGUGAAUAAUGACACAAUGAAUAUGAUAAAUACACCUAUUGAAAAUGUAUCAAGAUUAGUACUAAUUUGUCGUCUCUGUGGCAAUGCUAGUAAUAAAUAUAUAAAUAUUUUUGGAGAAGAUGGUAUAAAAAAUUCUAUUAAUAAAAAGAUUUUGACGCAUCUAAAAAUUGAGAUUUCAAAUUCAGACUUAUUACCAAAGAUAAUAUGUGAUAAAUGCUUUCGUAAGCUGGAUGAUUUUGAUAAUUUGUUUUUAACAAGUACCAAGGUACAAUCAAUUCUGAAGAAUGCUAUAAAUGAAUCUUUAUUUAAAAUUAAAAUUAAAAUUGGAUUACCUGGAAGUGAAGCUUAUAAUGGUAGCACUAAUUUUAAUAGAAAUGAGGAUGAAAUUCAUUCGCUUGAUGAAGAGAAACAAGAUACAACAACCCAAGAAUGUUUUCUUUAUAAAAAAAAGUCAUUUUCUUUAAAUGAUAAAAAUGAAGAUGAUGAUAAAGAAAGAAUUGCAGAAUUGCCUAUGACUGGCAAUGAUGAAUAUAUAAUUGAAAAUAGUCAUGAAGAUUAUAAUAGGAUUUCUAAAUAUCAAGAUCAAAAUCCAAUGGAUUUAAAACAAGAAAAUAUAGAGAUUAACGUUGUCAAAUUUAUCCAAGAAAAUUAUCAAAAUACUCUAAAUUCAAGUUGUAAUGAUGUCAGUAUAACAAAAAAUUCUUCUAAAUCAAUUAGCUGCAAUGAUGGCAAUGCUAAAUUGCUUCAGAACUGUAACUACGAUGAUGCCAAAACAAUGGAUUUAAUUGCAGCCCAUACAAAAAUUUGGAUGGAUAAUUAUGAUGAAAUUCCUGCAUGGGAAUUUGAAAAUAACGUUACAAAUGUGCCAAUACAUUAUCCUUGUAUAUCAUGUACUGAUAUAUUUAUAUAUGCAAAAGAAUUAAUAAAACAUUACAAAGAGCAACAUAAUUGUUCAACACCGACUUUUAAAUGCAGCAUAUGUGGGAGAAUGUACAAAAUUUUGAAAAAUUUUUAUUCACAUUAUGAAAAACAUUAUACCAUAAAUAAACAUGCCUGCGAGAUAUGUGGAAAAACGUUUACGCGAAAUUGGACAUUACGAAUUCAUGCAUCCGUUCAUUCGGAUGCUAAACCUUUUAAUUGCAACGAAUGCAGUAAAACGUUCAAAAAUUUAUGUUCUCUUAAAAAUCAUAAAAAAUCUCAUCUUCCCGAUGAAUGCAAAUUGAUAUAUACCUGUGCCUAUUGUGAUAAAAGUUUCAAGUCUAAAUUUAUCUUGAAGUCACAUCAGAGAAUUCACACAGGACAAAAAGAUUACAAUUGUGAUAUUUGUAGUAAAUCGUUUGCCUGUAAAGGCUCGUUAUUAUGUCAUAUUGAAAUUCAUAAGAAUAAUAAAGAAAUCAAAUGCCCUAUAUGCUAUAAGAUUAUUAGAACUGAAAGAUUAUUAAAAAGACAUUUAGCAUUCCAUAUGUUGAAGAAACCGUCAAAGUGUGAAUAUUGUGGAAAAGAAUAUCGUUAUUCGACUCAAUUAAAAGAACACAUAAGACUUCAUACAGGAGAGUUACCUUACGAAUGUGAAUAUUGCCAAAAGCGCUUUCGAUUAAAUAGUACUUUAAUAAUUCAUCGACGACAGCAUACCGGGGUGAAACCUUACAAAUGUAAAGUAUGCGAUCAUUCGUUUACAAAUUGGCCUAAUUAUAAUAAGCACAUGAAACGAAAACAUUACAAUACUAUUAUUAAGGAAAAUAACGACGAAUUAUAA